GUACUUGUUUUGUUGCCGAAUACUAAUGAUCGAAGCCGAAUAGGUACCUAUUUUUUGAAGGUAUAUUUGUGGUAACUGGUACCUACCAAAUUAGUUUUCCUGCAGUCUGCAAAAAAUAGCGAAAUAUUUCGAAUACAAGAAAAACAAGCAAGAUGCAGCCUUUUCUUGGCGCAAAAUCAGACAUACAAAUAGAUCUAAAUCAAGUCAGAAUUGAUAUAUUACAUGGCAUUAGAGAAUGCAACGAUCGAGGCUUGAUACAAACCUCUAAAUGGUUAGCGGAAUUAAACUAUGCUUUAAAAGAUCAUAAAAUAUCUUAUGCGGAUUCCCCACAUACAUUUGAUGAUGGAAUAUUAGGAGACGACAAAGAGGCCUAUAGAUUGGCUAAAAGUUAUUUUGAUUGCCAAGAAUAUGACAGGGCCGCACAUUUUAUUGAAAAUUGUACCAGUCCUAAAUGUGUUUUUCUUCAUAAAUACUCACAAUACAUGUCUAGUGAAAAGAAAAGACUUGAUAAUGCUACUGAUAAUGGAACAGAGAAUACUGAAUGCACUCAAGUGUUAUUAGAUCUUUUAUCAUUUUUUAAGGCUAAUCGUAACAAUCUUGAUGGUUAUCUUCUAUAUUUAGAGGGUGUAGUUUUAAAAAAACUUGAUCUGCGCUCCCAGGCAGUUACAGUACUGCAAUCAGCUGUUGCUGCAGCUCCAACAUUGUGGGCUGCAUGGAUAGAGUUGGCUGGGUUGGCUAAUGAGUAUGAAGCUUUAGACUCUUUACAGCUACCCAAACAUUGGAUGAUGUAUUUCUUUGCAGCACAUGCAUUUGUAGAACUGAAACUAUCAGAGCAAGCCCUAGAAGCAUACAUGACAUUAACAAAUGCAGGUUUUGAAAAGAGCACCUAUGUUACUGCACAAAUGGCUAUAGCACACCAUGACAGGAGAGAUGUUGACUCAUCUUUGGCACUGUUCCGUGAUUUGUAUCAAAGUGAUCCCUAUAGACUAGACAAUUGGGAUGUCUAUUCUCAUUUAUUGUAUUUAAAAGAAAAAAGAAUGGAACUGGCAAACUUAGCCCAAAAAGCUGUCUCAAUUGACAAAUACAGAGUUGAAACAUGUUGUGUUAUUGGUAACUACUACAGUUUAAGAGGGGAACAUCAAAAAGCUGUCAUAUAUUUUCAGAGAGCUUUAUCUUUGGACCCUCAAUAUUUAACAGCAUGGAUUCUGAUGGGCCAUGAGUUUAUAGAGCUUCAGAAUUCCAAUGCAUCCAUACAGUGUUAUAGACAAGCUAUAGACGUGAAUAGAAAUGAUUAUAGAGCAUGGAAUGGACUAGGACAAGCUUACGAGAUCUUAGGUUUAAAUGGUUAUUGCAUUUAUUAUUACUCAAGAGCAGCCCAGCUUAAACCUGAUGACUCAAGAAUGUUGGUGUCUCUCGGUGAAGCAUAUGAAAAGAUGGAUAAAAUACCAAAUGCCUUGAAAUGCUAUUACAAAGCUCAUAGCACAGGUGAUAUAGAGGGUAUGGCUCUAUUCAAGUUAGCUAAGCUAUAUGAAAAGUCGAAUAUGCCAAACAGUGCAGCAGCAGCAUAUACGGCUGCAUGUCAGGAUCCUGCAAAUGCCGGUAGUAAGGAGAUGCCGGCUGCUCAGAGAUAUUUAGCACAAUACUAUCUAAGAUUUUCUCUCUUGGAUCAUGCAUCUCAUUAUGCGUACAAGUGCUUAGACCAUGAAAGUACAAGAGAAGCUGCAAAAAAUAUUCUGAAAACAAUAUCUGAAAAACGCUUGGCUGCAUCAACAUCUCAAGGAAACAACCUGCCAGAAGAUUUACCAGAAGCAAUAAAAAAUGUUUCAACAUCAAUGACUCAAGACACGCCAAAAGCGUCAUUUUCUAGCCCAAAUGUAAAUCCAGAUAACUUUUCCACGCCAAUGCUAACAAGACGAAGUAGUAAGUUUAAAAUGUAAUCGUGCAUCAUUUCAAUGUACUAAACUAAUAAAAUGUAUGAUAUUAUG